AUGGACACCGGCAGUGCGGCGCCCCUCCUCCACGCGCACGGUGGCCUGCAGGCGGGCAGGGACCCUGCAGCGGCCCAUGACCACGUGGGGCAGUGCUCGCCGGAGGCCUCCGGCGGGGCGACAUUCCUGCGAACCUGCUUCAAUGGCCUCAACGCCCUCUCCGGUGCCGGGCUGCUGUCUAUCCCGUACGCGCUGGCGGAGGGCGGGUGGCUGAGCCUGGUUCUGCUUCUCGUCGUCGCCAUGGUCUGCUGCUACACUGGCCAGCUCCUGCAGACGUGCAUGGGAGCGUCAGCGGACGUGCGCGGCUACCCAGACAUCGGUGCGCUCGCGUUUGGGGUCAAAGGCCGGUUCGCCGUGUCGGCGUUCAUGUACGCGGAGCUCUACCUUGUUCCCAUCGGGUUCUUGAUAAUGGAGGGGGACAACCUGGACAAGCUAUUCCCAGGCACCAGCCUCAGCCUCGGCGCCGGGCUCCUGUUCUCGGGCAAGCACUUGUUCAUCGUGCUCGCAUCCAUCAUGAUCUUGCCCACGACGUGGCUGAGGAACCUGGGCGUGCUCGCCUACGUGUCAGCCAGCGGCGUGCUCGCAUCGGUUGUACUGGUUUUCUGCGUGCUAUGGGCCGCGGUGGUCGACGGCGUCGGGUUUCAGGGGAAAGGGACCAUGCUGAAUGUCAGUGGCCUGCCUACUGCUCUGGGUCUCUACACUUUCUGCUACUGCGGCCAUGCCAUAUUCCCAACAUUGUGCAAUUCCAUGAAGAAAAAGGACAAGUUCUCUAAUGUACUAGUCGUAUGCUUCGUCGCAUGUACCCUCAACUAUGGAUCAAUGGCCAUACUCGGCUACCUCAUGUACGGCGACGACGUUGAAUCUCAGGUGACCCUGAACCUCCCAGAAGGCAAGCUCAGUUCGAAGCUAGCAAUCUACACGGCGCUAAUCAACCCAUUCUCAAAGUACGCUCUGAUGGUGACUCCUGUCGUGACAGCGAUCGAAGAGAAGCUGCUUACCGGCAAUAAGAGGUUCGUCAGCAUGCUGAUCAGAACCUUCAUUGUCAUCAGCACGGUCAUCAUAGCCCUCACAGUCCCCUUCUUCGGCCACCUCAUGGCGCUCGUCGGCUCGCUGCUCAGCGUCGUCGCUUCGAUGCUGCUCCCAUGCAUCUGCUACCUCAAAAUCUUUGGCACGGCAAGGUGCAGCAGGCCUGAGGUUGCGGUGAUCGUCAUGAUUAUCAUUCUUGGUUCCUUGGUUGCUGCAUGUGGGACAUACUCUUCCUUGCAGAAGAUUAUUCAUGAGUUCUGA